AUGCGAUUUUACUACAUCAGCAAGAAGAUGUUUCCUUAUGAAGAGAAUUAUUCACCAUUAGAAAAGACAUGUAUAGCACUCAUAUGGGCAACCCAUAAAUUCAAACAAAACAUGCUUGCUUACAAGGUUUGGUUGAUUGCAAGAAUGGAUCCUUUGAAGUACCUAAUGGAAAAACUUGUGCAAGAUGGAAAGACUACUAAAUGGGUUUUGCUUCUGUCAGAAUUUGAUAUUAAGUAUGUGACUCAAAAAUUUGUGAAGGGGAAAGCAAUUGCCGGUCACUUAGCCCAUUGUUCACCAGAAAAAGCUGAAGUAGAAUCAUGGAAGAUGUAUUUUGAUGGAGCAAUAAAUCAAAACAGAAGUGGAAUUGGAGUUCUCUUAAUUUCUCCAAAAGGGACACACAUUCCAUUUUCUGGCAGACUUAACUUUCCUGCCACCAACAAUGCCACAGAAUAUGAAGCUUGCAUCAUAGGUCUACAAGCAGCCCUAGGCCUUGGAGUAAAAGAGUUGGAGGUGUACAGCGACUCAACAUUAAUAAUCUCUCAGGUAUAG